AUGUGGAACAUCAACUCACUGGCGGGGAAGGAACCCGUGCUGGUGUGGGAGGUGGAGCGAUACCGACGAAAUAUAGUUGGGCUGACUUCCACACACAGAAAAAACAGUAUCACAGGUGUAGAGGAAGAAACAGAAAAUAUAAAUCUGCUGCAUGACCAAACAACCACCACAUCUCAGCAGUUCCUCCUCCCGUCAGUGAUGGAGGAAACUGAACUCUGCUUUCCACAGCUCUUCAACUCCUCCUGCAGGAGGAUGAAGCGUUCUCACUUUGAAGCAAUGCUGGUUUACAUCCUGCUGUCCUGCAUCUCUCUGCUUACUGUGAUUCUCAACCUGCUGGUCAUCAUCUCCAUCUCACACUUCAGGAAUCUCCACACUUCCACCAACCUCCUCCUCCUCUCUCUGGCUGUCUCUGAUGUCUUUCUGGGUCUCCUCAUGUUCUUUCAAAUUGUGCUCAUAGAUGGCUGCUGGUUCCUCGGUGACUUCAUGUGCACUCUGUAUCAAUAUCUAGCAUACAUUAUCACCUCAGCCUCAAUAGGAACUAUGGUGAUGAUAUCGAUUGACCGCUAUGUGGCCGUUUGUUACCCUCUGCAUUACUCUAUUCAAAUCACACAACAGAGAGUUCAAAUCUGUGUGUGUCUGUGCUGGAUCACUUCUGCAGUCUUUCAAACUCUGCUUCUGAAGGAUUCCCUGAAGCAGCCAGGCAGGUACAACUCCUGUGUCGGAGAGUGUACCUUUGCCAGUGAUUACAUUAGUGGACUUGUAGAUGUUAUUUUUUCCUUCAUUGUUCCUAUUACGAUCAUCAUAGUUCUGUAUGUGAGAGUGUUUGUGGUGGCUGUGUCUCAGGCUCAUGCCAUGCAUUCUCAGCUUGUACCAAACAAGCACUCAGUUAGAGCAACUGUUCAGAAAUCUGAACUGAAAGCAGCCAGGACUCUUGGUGUUGUUGUAGUUGUGUUUAUAAUAUGUAUGUGCCCAUAUUACUGUGUUGCUCUCACUGGACAAGAGACCCUUCUCAAUAGUACAUCUAUUGUCUUUGUGAUAUGUGUGUUCUACUUAAACUCCUGUCUAAACCCCAUCAUCUAUGCCUUCUUGUACCCGUGGUUCAGAAAAUCAGUCAAGCUCAUUGUUACACUUCAGAUACUGCAGCCUGCCUCCCGUGAGGCCAAGAUGCUGUAG